AUGGAUGCAGUUGAAGCGCACAGUGCGGAGCUUCAGGGUGAUGCCCACAUCGCUCCCUCGGACGACCGAAAGAAGUGCUCAUUCGAGGGCCGGAUUAUUACGUGCGAGGACGGUUCCUCCUGGAAGAUCGCUGCACCAGUGUCGUCCCCGAGGUACCAGCGUGUGAAUUCUCCGUGUGAAGCCACACAGGUCUACACAUGCAUCUGCGUCGAAGAUCCAACUGGCAACCAUGACGGGCUGGAAGCUGUCGUAAAAGUCAAGUAUCAGAUCAGGGGUAGUCGCCCGAGCAUCGUCGAAUACGAGCAUCUGGUCGAGGAAAACCUCGAGCUUGCGCGCUACUGGCUCCAUGCCACCACCAACCCGGUCGAGAUUCCUAAUCAGUCUGGCAUCAAUGAAGUACGAGCUCUCCGGUAUCUGAGCCAGAAGAAUUGUCCUUAUACUCCCCACUACCUCGGAUAUUCAUGCCUCACGCUAGAAGAAGGGGUCGAUCAUGAGGGCAUUGUCGGCGGGUAUGCUUUCUUCAUCAUUAUGACAAAGGUCCCCGGGCAGCCACUCCUGUCCGUAUUCUUGAACCUUUCUGCCUCAGAGCGGGAGGAGGUCCGUCAGGCCUUCAAAGAAGCAAUCACUGAGUUCCAUGCUCUGGGUAUGGUUCACCGAGAUGCCGGGAUGCGAAAUCUGCUUUGGGACCGGGAGUCGCGGAAAUGCUACAUCAUCGACUUCGAAGAGCACGAGAUAUACAGAACCCCUUAUAUCACAGAAUUCGGAGACUACCUCUACGAGCGCUGGGAGCUGUCAGAUUCUCAAUAUAGCAGUUUCAGCAGGGAAACUAGUACGGAGAGUUGAGACGAAAUGGCGCGGGAAGCGAUGCUUGCAAGGAGGUCACGCAACAAUAAUGGCAGGAGAGUAUCUGGGAGGACAUGGGCAGGGUACCUAUGCUGCGGGUUCUAGCAGAGAACAUUGACGAAGACUUGACGUUGAGCGCAGCUGAUGCUUGCGGACCACAUGAGUAUGCAUGUUGGGAUUCCAGGAUCUGGCU